GGUUCGGCGCUGUCGAGCCAAUGGCCAACCCCGCUGACCCCAAGAGGUUCAACCCCAUUGACCCCAUGGCCAACCCCGCUGACCCCAAGAGGUUCAACUCUGUUGACGCCAUGGCCAACCCCAUUGACCCCAUUGACCCCAAGAGGUUCAAUCCCCUUGACCCCAAGAGGUUUGACACCCUUGACCCCAUGGCCUACCCUAUUGACCCCAAGAGGUCCAACCCCGUUGACCCCAGGACCUUCAACCCCAUUGACCCCAUGGCCAACCCCAUUGACCCCGUUGACCCCAAGAGUUCCAACCCCCUUGACCCCAUGGCCAACCCCAUUGACCCCAAGAGGUUCGAUUCUGUUGACCCCAUGGCCAACCCCACUGACCCCAAGACCUUCAACCCCGUUGACCGCCAUGUCCUCAUGGCCAACCUCAUUGACCCCAUGGCCAACCCCCUUGACCCCAAGAGGUUCAAUGCCCUUGACCCCAUGGCCAACCCCAUUGACCCCAUUGACCCCAAGAGGUUCAACCCCAUUGACGCCAUGGUCAACCCCCUUGACCCCAAGACCUUCGACCCCUUGACCCCAAGAGGUUCAACCCCGUUGACCCCAAGAUCUUCAACCCUGAUGACCGCCAUGUCCUCAUGGCCAACCCCAUUGACCCCAUGGCCAACCCUGUUGACCCCAUGGCCAACCCCAUUGACCCCAAGAGGUUCGACCCCGUUGACCCCAUGGCCAACCCCAUUGACCCCAUUGACCCCGAGAGGUUCAACCCCCUUGACCCCAAGAGGUUUGACGCCCUUGACCCCAUGGCCAACCCCAUUGACCCCAUGGCCAACCCAUUGACCCCAUUGACCCCAUGGCCAACCCCAUUGACCCCAUGGCCAACCCCAUUGACCCCAAGACCUUCAACCCCGUUGACUGCCAUGUCCUCAUGGCCAACCCCAUUGACCCCAUGGCCAACCCCGUUGACCCCAUUGACCCCAAGAGGUUCAACCCCAUUGACGCCAUGGUCAACCCCCUUGACCCCAAGACCUUCAACCCCGUUGACCCCAAGAGGUUCAACCCCACUGACCUCAUGACCAACCCCAUUGACCCCAAGAGGUUCAACCCUGCUGACCCCCAUGUCCUCAUGGCCAACCCCCUUGACCUCAUGGCCAACCUCAUUGACCCCAAGAGCUUCAACCCCAAUGACCCCAAGACCCUCAAACUCAAACUCGUUGACCCCAAGACCAACCCCAACUUCUCCAAGACCCCCAACCCCAAACCCCCCAACUCCAAUGACCCCAAGACCCCCAACCCCCAAUGACCCCAACCCCAUUGACCCCAAGACCCUCAACCCCAACCCCAUUGACCCCAAGACCCUCAAACUCAAACUCGUUGACCCCAAGACCAACCCCAACCUCUCCAAGCCCCCCAACCCCAACCCCACUGACCCCAAGACCCCCAACCCCAAUGACCCCAAGACCCUCAAACUCAAACUCGUUGACCCCAAGACCAACCCCAACCCCCCCAAGACCCUCAACCCCAACCCCAAUGACCCCAAGACCCUCAACCCCAACCCCAAUGACCCCAAGACCCUCAACCCCAACCCCAAUGAC